UGUCUAUACCAGUUCAGUUUUUACCUCGGCCCAAAUUACAACAUUAAAUUUUUUAGUAACAAAAUUUUGGAAUCUAUUCUCUGCACCCGCAGAUUGCAAUUAAAAACAAUUCGCAAUGACCUCGCCCAGGAGCUUAAUUUAUAUGCUUGAGUUUGUGGUUGAUGAUCUGCUCAUAACACGGCAGAAUUUAUGUGCGCCCGAGGAGUAUCCGACCUGUGUGGAGAUCACGUUCCGCUCCAGCGUUUUUCUCAAUAUCUGCGAUCGCGAGUAUGGAACCUGCGUGAAUCCUAAGCAGCCGAAGUGCGGCAAGUGCUGUAUAUUCGCGCUGGAGUCACCUAUCACGGACAAGGAUCGGCUCCUGAUACACGUGUAUAAGAAGCGAACCAAUCGCUGCAAGUUCCUGAUUGGACUCACCGAGUUGCCAAUGAAGCCAAUUUUCGAUCGCGUCAGGGAAUCCUUUGACGCAGAGAAUGUUAACUGGGAAAAGAUAUGGCACGAUCAGCUACAAAAUUUACCCAAAAUGAAGAGUCCCAACAAAGAUGUGCUGGAUAAUUGUGCCUGCUAUGAUCCCGGAUAUGAGCGUCGCGAACAAUUGUGUCCAACCUCGGAACUAACCAAACGGCUGCUGCCGCUCUUCAAUCUCUGCAAGCAGCAGACGGGCAAUAUUGUGCUCAUCAUGCGUCUGCUCUGCAAUGGGCCGGCCAUUGUGUCUGCCUUUUCGCUGAAUCAUUCAAUCUGUUCACGCAAUCCAGUGGGUCCGCCGCCGUGCCCGUCACCAUGUCCGCCGCCAUGCCCGUCGCCCUGCCCGUCCCCUUGCCAACCGCCGUGUCCACCGUGUCCGUCCUGUGGCAAAUUUAAGUCGCCUUGCGAGCCCGAACGUUGUCCCGAAGAUCCCUGUGAUCCCUGUUGCGGCGGUGGAUCUGCAAGCGCCACAGGUGGUCCCAUGGACACUGGCAAGAAAUGCUGCAGAGGCAAGUGUCCACCUUGCCCAUUGCCGAAGUGCGUGCAGCCAGAUCCUUGCUAUCAGCCACCACCAGAGCCCAAAAAGUGCUUGCGCUACUUCGCCUGCAAUCUGGACAAGAUGUGUCCCUGCGAGUACUGUGAGGAUGAGUUUGAUCGCGAGUGUCCCACUGUGCCGUCCAAGCGACGUUGCAAGUCGGUCAUUGAACAGCGCCUGGAGCCUUGUGGUCCAUGCGGUGGCGUUCCAGCCCAUCCACGUUUCGUGCAGGUGCAAAAGCAACAGGAAGCGGAUAUGUCACGCAAGGAUAAGCAGAAACAAGACAAAGAGAAGGAGAAGGAAAAGGAGAAGGAAAAGAAGAAGAACAAGAGCCGUCAGUCUGGCGGCGGCUGCGGACCAUACAUUGAUAUUGCAUCACCAGCGAUCACAGGCGGACUAUUCUGCGAUAGUUCCAAGCCAACGCCGGGCGGUGGAUACGCAGAUCCCUGCAACCACUGCUGCCCCGAAUAUGCCAGCUGCUGCAACCUAGCGCGCAAUCGAGCCAUACGGCAAUUGCGACACCUUCUGACCAAAUACAACAUUCAGAUUGAUUAGGUUCAAGUUCUCGCAUUCAAAUCAAAAUUCUGCGCUCAGGACCAAAUAAAAACAAAUACACAAUGGCAAACUAAGGAUAUGCAGAGCCAAAAAGUCAAUCGUACAAUAAUAAAACCUAGAGUGAUCGAUGAUUGUGACGAGUGUGUUGUCAAAGCCAAUGCAAAUACAGUUCGUGUUUUAAUUAACCAAAGCAAUCUGACUCUGAUGCCAACGAAAUUCGAGGAUCAAACCCCCUGCUGCUGCCAAAGAACCAACCGAAUAGAGGAAUGAAGUUUUGGUAUUGACGAUGUAGCUAGGGGGGGGGCAGCGUGGAGGAUCGCUAUUUCAAUAAAGUCCCAAAGCGAGAUGCUGCAGUGCAGCGCCUUGGCCAACUAUAAA